CACAGCAGUGAGACACCGCCAAAUAAGGGUUCCAUCCUGUCAGGUAGACAGUAUCACAGCAGUGAGACACCUGGUCAGGGGGAUUUCCACUACCUUAGACACUGUUCAGUGCAAUUUUCCACUACAUUGUCAAUUAUGGAGGGCCUCACCUGAUACAAGUAGUAUUUCCUGCCUCUCAUAGAAACAUUUGUGGCUUGUGUGGAAACUUCAGUGCUGUUGCUACAGAAGAGAAACUGAGUCCGAAUGGCAGCCAUGCACUAAAUAUUUCCCUGUUUGCUUCUUCCCGGUCACUUUCCCCUCAUGGAACUAACUGCUCUGAAGAAUGUGACUUCUCUUCAGCAUGCAACUGUACCAGGGCAGCUGAAUUUGCAUCUGAUAACAUCUGUGGCACGCUGCUUUCUCCUGCAGGCUCAUUUGGUGGAUGCCACUCUGCUGUGGACCCAGAGCCCUUCUCUCAAAACUGUGUGAAUGACUUGUGUAUUUCUAAUGGGAAUGAAGAAUUGUUUUGCAGGAGUCUGAGCGAAUACACUUUUGCGUGCCAAGGGGCAGGAGCUGAAGUCAAACCAUGGAGGAGUGAGAAGUGCUCACUCUCAUGCCCUGAAAACUCUCACUACAGUAUAUGUGUCAGUGCAUGCCCUGAGUCCUGUGGUAUUUCAUCUGAUAUCCACUGUCCGUGGCCCUGUUAUGAGGGAUGUCAGUGUGAGUCUGGAUACAUGCAGAAUGGAAAUGACUGCAUCAAACCUGAGCAAUGUGGCUGUUUCUAUCAUGGGCACGACUAUGAGAUAAUGAUUAUAAAAUCUGUGAGAAUGGACAGACUUGUGCUAACCAGAGCCAACCUCAGCAAACCCAGUGUUGGGUGCAUGAAGGCACCCACUUCUACGCUUUUGAUGGGAAGGCAUUUGAAUUCCAAGGAAACUGUACCUACACCCUAGUCCAUACGCUGAAUGACACCAGUCAGAAUAACUCAGUUUGGGUUUGGAUGCAGAAAGACAAGACGCACAACGGGUCCUCUCUUGAAGCUAUUCAUGCCAAAGUGGGUCAAGACAAUAUUACUAUCUACAGAGGGGAAAAAGGCUAUAUUUGGAUAAAUGGAGAGAAAAAGCGACUUCCUGUGACUCUACAGUUUGGACGGACAAGGAUCAAUCAUACUGGCAUUUUUGUUGUCGUGGAUACCAAUCGGGUAAUCCAAAUUAAGUAUGACUGGUCUCAUACUGCCACCAUCCUCCUUUCUAGUGCAGCUGAGGUAUGGGGCAUGUGUGGGAAUAACAAUGGCAUCAAAGAGGAUGACCUCAGGACCCCACAGGGCGAGGUAGUUGAUGCUACCGCCUUUGGCUGGAGUUGGAGAGUUCCUGAUCAGGACACUCGGUGUGAAGCAGAUUGCGGAGCUGCAUGCCCACGCUGCUCUGCUGACCAGCUUCGUCUGGAAAAUGUUACCAGUCAAUGGAUCUCUCUGCACGAGUGCAUUUGGUCACCACAGAGUCCUUUCCACAUGUGCUUGGAAGUUGUAAACUACACUAACAUCUCCAUAGGAGUUGGCAUAUUUGACCUGUGCUCCAGUAAUGACACUCAGAAGACCCUCUGCCUGAGCUUGGAGGCCUUCGCUGCUUCCUGCCGCAACGCUCAGAUCCAGAUCGCAGAGUGGAGGAACAGCACCUUCUGUCCUUUGUCCUGCCCACCGAACAGCCAUUAUGAGUCCUGUGGCACAGCCUGCCCCGCCACCUGUGAGAACCCAUCCGCCUCAAACCCCUGCACCCUGGCCUGCGUGCAGACCUGCCAGUGCAACUCCGGGUUUGUCCAGGAAGGUGAUGCCUGUGUCCCCUUGUCCCAGUGUGGCUGCACUCCCAACGGCACCACUUACCACAGCAACCAGACCUUCUGGGCUGAUAAGGGGUGCACUGAACAGUGUGUCUGUUACCCCCACACCCCCCACACCCCCCAGAUGCGGUGCCAUUCAGAUUCAUGUGGCCCUGAUGAAUACUGCGGUCUUCAAGAUGGAGUCAGAACCUGUGUCCCCCUCUCGCAGAAGACUUGCGUGUACACCGGACAUCGUGUGAUCACCUUUGACCACCAUGACUAUGAUUUGCACGGCACCUGUCAGUACCAGUUGCUGGGCAUAUGUGGACGGAAACGAGGACUGGAUGCCAUUGAAGUUCAUGUGCAGACAGAUGGACACCUAGAGUCAGAACGUCAUGUGUUCGUAAAUGUGAGCGGUGUGCUGGUGAAGCUGAACAGCAAAAACACUGAGAACAUUGAGGUUGAUGGUGUCAAGAGGAACAUCCCAUAUCAUUUUAACUCUACUGUGCUGGUUUUCUCUCUGGGGCUUCACACUUACAUCUACACAGACACGGGCUUUGAAUUUAGUCUCAGUAUAGAGGGAAUAGUCAGCAUUAGCCUCUCCCAUAAAUAUGUGAAUUCAACUUGUGGACUGUGUGGAAACUUCAACUCCGAUCCAGCCGACGACCUCGCAGCAAAUGGGACGCAGGAGCAUUUUGGUAAAGCUUGGAUAAGUGGGCAGAAUCCAUGGUGUGUGUGUGGAGGGCUGUCUAGGAGGAAGUUGUCCGAAUUGUUCAUCUGAGCGUUUGGCCCGCUUCUCUGAACCGGACGCCUGCGGGAAAAUUCUGCAGGUUAAUGGACCAUUCAGACACUGUCAUGCCAAAGUGGACCCCUCCAGCUUUUACAAGCGCUGCGUCAGUGACUUGUGUCUUCAUGGAGGUCUCCAGCCUGCACUGUGUCACUCCCUGGCAGAGUAUACGGCUCUCUGUCUUUCCCACAAGGCUACAGUUUACACCUGGAGCAGCCCUGGAUUCUGCUUCCUGUCCUGUCCCUCCGGUACCAGUUACAACACAAGCUCUGCCUCUGUUCACCUCUGCCUCGGCUGGAAGAAUAACACGGUAGAGAUGCCUCCCAACACUGGGGAGAAAUGUCUCUGUGAUGCAGGGUUAGUUCACAGUGGCAGCCUGUGUGUCUACCCAGAAAACUGUGGCUGCCUUCACAAUGGAGAGUACCUCAGGGCAGGACAAGAGGUGUCUACAUGCAGACAAAGCUGUUUAUGUCAUGCUGGGGGAAACAUGACUUGUCAUAAUGUCUCCUGUGGAGAGGAUGAAGAGUGUAAGCUUAUUAGGGGAGUUCAAGGUUGCCACCCCAAACCCAAAGUGGCACACUGCUCUGUUGACUGCUCCAAAUACACCACGUUUGAUGGACGGGCAUUUGAAUUUCAGGGUUCAUGUAACUACACUCUGGUUCAGAUAUGCUCUCUAAAGAACCUGGAUGUGAAGCCUGUUGUUAUCACUGCACAUGGCAACCACCUUGAAGGCAGGCAGAUCAAUCUGCAAGUCAAUACAAUGUAUUUUGAGGCCUCAACAGUUUUUCCUGGAAAGAUUCAGGUAAACGGAGUGUAUGAGAAUCUGCCAUUCACCCAGAACAAUGUCACUGUACGUCAGAGGAAUGGUUGGAUCAUCAUCAAGACCCCACAGUCAGUCGAGCUUAUUUCAGACCUACGAGGCCACAUUCAGGUCAAGAGCCCUGCCAUUUACCACCAGUCUACCUGUGGUCUUUGUGGAAACUACAAUGAUAAUCCCUUAGAUGACCUGCAGCUACCCAAUGGCACUGUGAUCUCAGAUCCUGACAUUUUUGGGCCAUCUUGGAAGUUGUCUAAUGAAUCCUCCUGCAGCGACACAUGUAACAGCAGCUGUCAACUCUGCCAGACCCCUAUGCCAGAGUAUAGCUCUGACCUGUACUGUGGCCUCCUCACCCACCCAAGGGGACCAUUCUCCUCUUGUCACCAUUUAGUGGAUCCACAGAAUUACUACUCACUCUGCAUGAAGAUACUUUGUCUUGCGAAGGGGCAGCACAGGGCCCUGUGUGAGACACUGUGGGUUUAUGAUGCAGCAUGUAAGGAAGCAGGAGGGAUGACUGACCUCUGGACAAACACUACAGGCUGUGCUUAUCAAUGUCCUCAGUUCAGCCACUACAGCCAAUGUGCCAAUGUUUGCUCCUCAUUGUGCCCUGAGAUUAGCGUGGCAGUGCAGUGCCCCAGAGACUGUGAGGAAGGUUGCAUGUGUGACACUCAUCACUUUUUUGAUUUGUACCAGCUGAGCAGUGUGGCUGUGUCCAGAACGGAACAAGGUUUAAGGCCUCUGAGAGCAAACUUCUCCAAAACUGCACUGUUAACUGCACCUGCGGGCCUCCUCUCGUCUGUGAGAAAUACUCCUGUCCUCCACUGCACAGUUGUACAGUUCUCCAUGGAAUCAUGGGAUGCCACAAGAAUGCGCAGAUCCCAGAUCCCUGUGAGGGGAAAAUGUGAUGAAACAGAGAAAUGCUCCCUGAGCGAGGGCGUGCCUGUGUGUAAGAGCCAUCAGGGUCUGUGUUGGUCCUGGGGAGGGCAGCACUACCACACCUUCGAUGGGCUCAGCUAUGACUUCGAGGGCACCUGCACCUAUGUGUUCACAGCCAGCAAAAGGUUAAUGGUCUGGUGCCUUACAUUCCUGUUAAUCUGCUGCAGGGUAAAAUCCAGGUCUCUUACACCGAAGGCAAAACUCUCCUGAAAACGGACUUGCUGGUUUGCACGUAGUCUUUGGGGGUAACUUCAAACUUGUUGUUACACUGCAUCCACGCUACAAGGGCAAAGGGUGUGGCCUCUGUGGAAAUUUUAAUGGUGCUAUUCAGGAUGAGUAUCCUGCAGCCACACCUGGUUCCCUUCCCAUUAAGACAAGUGUGGCGCUUGCUCAGGCGUGCAAGCUCUUUGAUGGUGACCUUAACUGUUGCACUGGUUGGGAGCAGAAACUCGAUGAAAUUACUUUACCAGCAGAAACUAUGUCUGACGUCUCCAGUCACUGACUGUGUGCAGAGAUCAUAGAUCAGAAGGGUCCAUUGGCCCGCUGUCAUAGUCAUGUCAAUCCCAAUUCCUUCUAUGAAAGUUGUGUAGUCGACUACAUGGGUGACAGACUGUCAGAAGAUGUUGACCAGGCCAUAAAUGCAUAUACCUUAGUGUGCGAGGAAUCCAGAGAUGGAUACUACGAUGGCAUCACAGCUGAUGUGCACUGUCCUCCAAACAGCCACUACAGGACCUGUGGCUCAGCCUGUCCUCCAUCCUGUGAAUUGAAUGCCACUGUCUGUCAUGAGGCCUGUGUUCAGGGCUGCUUCUGUGACCCUGGCUUCCUCAGGAGUCCACAGGGCUGUGUGCGUUCACACCAGUGUGGCUGCACAGACUCUAGAGGCAAAUACUACAGCCUCAAUGCAACUUUCUGGAUUCCAGACAACUGGGGUCAACUCUGUAUUUGUGGACCAGCUACUGGAGAGGUCCACUGCCGCCCGGCCCAGUGCCCAGGAGGAAUGGUCUGCAAGCAGCUUCAUUACGGGUGUGUCAACCGGAAAACCCCCAGAACUGUACCAUUGUUACCGGGCUGCAUUUUACACCCUUUGAUGGACAUAAAUUUGACUUCAGAGACAGUUGUGAAUACUUAUUAGUUCAAACUAGCUCCAACCCGACUGGACUAACACCAUUCAGUAUCACGAUCUCUGAUGCAAGUUGUCACAAAAGGCUUUUUCAUAGUCAAACUUUAACCCUCUCAAUCUAUGGUUUGGAAGUUGUGGUAAGAAAAGACGACCCAGCAAAGGUUUUGAUGGACAGACUGUAUAAACCCUUGCCGUACUCUCACCAGACGGGCCAUGUAAAUGCCCACCGAACACCUACAUUGCUCAUCAUUCACACUGAUGUGGGAUUACAGCUGAUUAUCUAUAACAGCGGCACGCUAAUGAUUAUCCUCCCCAGCAGUUAUGGCUCCUCCGUCUCUGGGCUUUGUGGGAAUGCAAACAGUGACCCUCAGGACGAGCAAAUGAUGUCCACUGAAGAGCUUGCCCACAGCUGGAGGUCUCCUGGAGCAGAGACCUGUAGGUCCAACUGUUCGUCUGCCCUGAAGCAUUGUCCUGUUGAGGCACAGAAGCUUUUUGAAGGCAGUGUUUUUUGUGGCGUGUUGUUGAAUAAGCUCGGGCCGUUUGCAGAAUGUGCCACAGUGUUAAACCCCCAGCCUUACUUCCACAGCUGUGUGGUGGAUUCCUGCUCUUUUGCUGGACACUAUUCAGCACUCUGCAAUUCCAUUGCAUCUUAUGCUGCUGCUUGCCAAGCAGCUCAGGUGCCCAUCAGACACUGGAGGAGUGACACUUUCUGUGGUGAAUGGUGAAGAACGCAGCGUUCCUUUUGACAAUGGAAAACUUGCAGCAUCCCAAGUUGGCAACAGACUCAUUAUCAUUACACCAUCUGGGGUGGGAAUCGACUUGUCCUCUACCCAGUACCUCAGGCUAACUGUACCUCAGGUAUUUGACGCCGCAGCCUCGGGCCUCUGUGGGAACUUCAACGGAGACAAGUACGAUGAUAUGGUACUGAGAGACGGUCGUCUCACUGAAAGGUUUGCAGAGCUCCUGGACAGUCGUAGCUCUUGGACAGCACUGCAGUGACACUUGUGAGUGUGACGAGUGCACCCUGUCCCCGCAUGAAAAUAUGAUCUGUGAUCUCCUGUUGAACAGUAGUAUAGAAUUCAGGCGCUGCUGGAACAGUGGUGUGGAGCGUGAUGUUUACAGAGAGAUGUGCAUUAGGGCUGUCUGUGCUGGGGCAGGGCACAUGACCUCCUGUCUGUUGCUGGAAGCAUAUUCUGCAGCCUGCCAUGCUAAAGGAAUACCAGUGGACCCAUGGAGAGAGAACACGCUUUGCUCUCUCCAGUGUCCUGACAGCAGCAGACCAGGAGUGUGUGUGUGGACUCUGGCUCCAAUUCAUGCCCUGCUCUGCUCCAGCCUGGUUCUUCAGCAGUCUGUUCUGAGGGCUGUCAGUGCAGCGAUGGAAAUGUGUUUGAUGGCAACAAGUGGGUACCUUACAGUGGGUGUGUUCACCAAGAUGUAUAUAUCAAGGUGGAUGAGAGGCUGUACACGGAGGACUGCACACAGAUAUGCUGGUGUCACACUUUGGGUGGGGUAAUAUGUGAGCCAGCAGGCUGCAACCCGGGGCAGCAGUGUCCUCUGAGGGACGGCUUUUGGGGCUGUCAUGAUAGACCUGAAGUCUGUAAACUCUGGGACAGUCUCCACAUCACCACACUAGGCGGACAGCAGCUGAACUUGGAACCCGGGUUAUCUUACAGUGUGAUGUCACUGUGCGAUGAGGCCAGUGCUCAGUGGUUCAGUCUGAUCUCUUAUCGUGGACAAUGUGAUGGCAGCUCUUCCAGGCUUGUCACUGUGUUUGAGAUCCUCCUGCGUGGAUUGUCAGUUGUCAUACAGGAAGGACUAGUGAAGGUAAACGGACACUCUGUGUCCCUCCCUUACACUUCGUCAUCGGGGGUGUCCCUGUCAUCUGGUGUGAACCAGGACAAGUCGGAUGUCAUAGUGAUCUUGAGGAGAGACACCGGGAUGGAGUCCGAGUUGGAGAUGGAGAUUGGUGUUACCAUGGUGAUGGUCAAAGUCCCUCUCUGGUACUCGGGCAAAUUGUGUGGUCUCUGUGGAAACUUUAAUGACCUCCACUCACACAGUUCAGUUGAGUUAUGGGUUCUCCAUGACUUUCCUGUCUGUCGCGUCACUGGAUGAUAACCGAUUGUUUUAAUGUCCUGACUCAUGUGUUUGGUUGAAUGUCUAUUUCAAAUAUAAAAACCCUUUAAACAAGA